AUGGAGUUUGAUUUCAUAGAUCCGGCACUCAGUGGGGCGGAGCCGUCCCCACCAGACUCGCCGCAUGAGAUUUUUCAGUCGCCUAGCAGAGGUAGGCCAGAGACCAGUGCCAGUGGCACCGCCAGUGGCACGAGAUCUCGGUCAACUUCGUCUCAGAGAGUCAAGAAAUUCAUCUGCGAGGUCUGUGGAAAAGCCUAUAAUCGACCAUCUCUUUUGGAACAACAUUUACGCUCGCAUUCCAACGAAAGACCGUUUGUAUGUUUUACAUGCGAUGAAGGGUUCUUGCGGAAAGACCAUUUGCAACGCCACUUGCUGAAACACAUAGACGAGAACGAUAAGCCGUUCCAUUGCCAGUAUUGCGGGAAAGGAGUGAAUAGUCCCCAGCACUUACGAAGACAUGAGAAGAUACAUACCAAGUCCUUCAAAUGCACAUUUGAAGGGUGCAACGAGAGCUUCUUCAAGCACCAGACUCUAAAAGGCCAUGUGAACUCUGUUCAUUUGGUGGACAGAUUUUCUUGUGCUGAUUGUGGGAAGGUAUUUAACAGGCAUGGAAGACUACAGGAUCAUAUGGAAAAGGCACACUCGAAUCCGGAGAGACUGCGAUGCGACUUUCCAACCUGCUCACAAUCCUUCAAGACGUGGUCUGCAUUACAGCUGCACAUCAAGACGGACCAUCCGAAAUUGGAGUGUCCUUUAUGUGGCAGAAAAUGUGUAGGAGAAUCUGGCUUGCAGAACCAUAUGAAAAUUCACGAUGAUAGCAAGGUGGUUAAACUAUGGCAGUGUGGGGUGUGUGAUGAGAUUGCGUUUGCCAAGAAGGACUACCUUAUAGAUCAUUAUCGCAACGAACACUCUUCAGACGAUAUUCCAGCUAAUCUUACUGGUUGGACUGAGAACUCAGUUUCGGUUGCUGGUCUGGUCUUUCCCCCACUGAACACGCCUGUGGAUGCGGCACUUGAUACUCCAGCCUCACCACCUGUUGCAAGAGGAGCACUCUCCAAAGCUCUCCAACGGACCAGUGCGCUCGACUUGGUCCUUUCCAACGUGGAUGAGAGACAUUUAGAGUGCUCUUUCUCGGCAAAUUGCAAGCGCAAAUUUAAAAAACAGUACGACCUCGACAGGCACCUUCAAUGGCAUGAGAAGGCAAAUCGGAUUCUAGAUGAAAAACUGGAAAAUCUGGGAAAUCCCAAAUCUGACAUAAAUCUGAAAUAA